ACCAAAAAUCUCCCAAACGGUUUCUGUUUCCUCAACAUACAACGUAAAAGAAAAGUGUUAUUGACUACAGUGCGGGAGUUUACAACAAUGGCCUUGGCAACUAAAGAAUGUUUGUUGGUGGUCUUUCUCUGUUCUCUGACAGUGGUACUAGGUCAGGGUCAGGAUGACUGGGGUGUGACCUAUUACACUGAGAGUACCUGUGCCUUGAAGGGGUCAACAGUGGAGCUGAGCUGCACCUACAAGUAUCCAAGUGGUCAACAAAUCACAUCAGCCUUCUGGUUCACUAAGGGGCCAAAUGAUAACCCUGUAAACUUAAUUAAUGAAACAAACUACAAAGACCGUGUGAUCUACCAUAGCGAUGAUAUGAAUGGCCACAAACUGACCAUCAACGACUUGAGAAAGAGUGACUCGGCUGUGUACAAGUUCAGAUUCUUUACAGAUGGAUACAAAUAUACUGGUCUUCCUGGAGUCAAUCUGUCUGUCACAGAUUUGCAGGUGAACAUGACACCUGCCACUGUGACAGAUGGAGGUAGUGUGAAUCUGACCUGUAAAACCACAUGUACUCUGAUUGGCCACACUUACAUCUGGUACAGGAACAAACAACUUCUCACCAACCAGGAAGUAAGUCUGCAUCUAAACCCAGUCAGCAGUGAGGAUGCUGGGAACUAUUCCUGUGCUGUAAAAGGACUUGAGUCUCUUCUCUCACCUGAGAAGAAACUCAUAGUCACAUAUGCCCCAAAGAACACCUCAGUGUCAGUCAGUCCC